UACUUUGUUACAUGGAUCAUAUUUCCUGUUUCAGAUGAAUCUAUAUAUAUAUAUAUAUAUAUUAAGUUUUAACUAAAGAACUCUCAAAUAGUCAUUUAGGGUUGAUCCAUGUUACAAAAUAUUUACUUGUUCAUCUUAUUUAGCUAUCACAAAGAAAUAUACAAAAAGUGAACUAUUUUUUAUCUUUUCGGCAUAGGGGGGAAUUCAUAAAGUGAACCAUUUUUCACUUCAGGGAAGGAGACAUUAUAAUAAGUAGUACUAUUUUGUAAUUUAUGUCGUAAGAAAAGGGCAAAAGAAGCAUUGCAAGACAGAAAAUGCAUACUCAUUGACAGGAACAGAACAAAACUAUUUCCCUCCCUUUACCUCUCCUCCUUGUGCCGGUCUCUCUUCACACCACGGUGGCGCCGCCAUUCUCCCCUCCCGUCUCCAUCACUAUUCGCUACUUUUCCACCGUCGAUAAGGCAGCAAAGCAAUUCCCUUUGAACUCCGGCACGCUCCGAUUGAAUGAGGGGAAGGUGACUGUAACAAGCUGAUCAUGGUCUAACGAAGGUUCAGAGAACCAUCAAGGGGUUUUCAAUUUGAUCCAUUGUAAGAAAAAUGGGUAAGAAUGCAGUAACAUCAAGAGAACAGUCUACUGGGAAGAAAAAUGGUGGCGUAAACAUAAAGUCCAUGCUGAAGAUAGACCACUUAAAAAGCCUUUCUACUUGGGCCAGUAGUGAAGUUUGCAUACCUUCACUGGGGGCUUUUUUUGGCCAGCGUUUGGCAACCACUGCUGAAGCCUUGGGUGUACCUCCUGACCCUUCACUGUUUCCAUGCCAAAGGUGUGAAUCUCUCCUUCAACCUGGUUGCAGUUGUACAGUUCGGGUUGUAAAGAUCAAAGCAAAAGCAAAGCGGAAGAAUAGAUUAUGCACCCAGAACAGCGUAGUUUACAAGUGUCAUUUCUGCUCACAUGAAAAUCGAAAGAGAGGAACUCCGAAAGGCCAUAUGAAGAAGUUAUGUCCACCGAAGCCAAAACUGCAAUCCAAAUCAAAGCUCACAAGCUAUGCUCCAGUAAAGUGUUUGGAACCAGAGGUUAAAUUAAUAAGCAAAGAUGAUCUGAUGUCCAUGAAGGAUCAGCAUCCCUCAUCAGCAAUAACUAGCAGUGAUCAAGCUGACAGUUGUCCUGUGAUGAGCAAUGAUGAUCCUCUGUCCAAGAAUGGUGUGCAUCCCUUAUCAGUGAUAAUCAGCAAUGAUCAAGCAGUCAGUUGUCCUGUGAUGAGCAAUGAUGAUCCAGUGUCCAAAAUUGGUGUGGAUCUCUCAUCAGCGGUAACCCGCAUUGAUCAAGCAGUGAUUUGUACUGCAAUGAGCAAAGAUGAUCAAAUGUCCAAGAAGGAUGAGCAUCCCUCAUCAGCGAUAUUAAUCAAUGAUCGAGCAGUCAGUUGUACUGACAUGAUCAAAGAUGAAAUGUCCAAAAAAGAUGAGCAUUACUCACCCGCGAUGACCAGCAAUGAUCAAGCAGCAGUUAGCUGUCCUGCAACUCCAACAACAAAAAUCACUACUUUGCUGGACUCAGCAAAAAAGAAAAGGAAUAGGUCAAAGUCCAAGAAAGCCGCUGAACCUGAAAGCAGUUCAGUAGCUAUCGAUGCUGGAAAAUCUGGCACUACAUCAAGAAAGAGGAGGAGGAAGACUUGGACUAGUUUGAAGGAAAUUGCCGAGCGCAAUGAGCAGAAUUAUAGCCUUAAUUUGGCCAACUUGUCCAUCCCAUUCCAUUUGUAAUGUAAACAUUUUUGUAAGAAGUAUCAAAUUGUUACAAGGAAGCUCUUAUAGAUUACACAGCAUUUUAAUGUUAGAAUUCUCAAUUUUGCAGCUUUUCCGUAUGAUUGGAUUUAGAUAGUAAUUUGUUUCUCCACUCUAAUAUGUUGCUCGUUUUCUUGAAUGUUUUCCACUUAUUUUAUGCGUGUAAAUUUCAUUUCGAC